AUCAAUGCGCGUUCAGGCGGCGGAAGUCGCGGAGCUCGGGGUGAGCACAAAGCACAUUUCCCUGGCAGUGGAGUGGCUGCACUACUGGAUCUGCCUCUUGAGGUCAAGCUGCCUGUGAUCCCUGGGAGCAAUAAUUUAUACUAUACAACGAAGUUAAAUAAAACGCUUUUUCAACCUUCUUAUGGUUUUAACCUGACUGAUUCUUAUUGUCCACUUUUGGACAACCAAUAUAAUAGUCUUCAUGAUCCUCAUUUAAGAGCAUACCAUUCACGUGAAGAUAUCCGGAGGAGAUUAAAGAAAGGAGGCUACAUCACCCGCAAUAAUGAAGUUAUAUGUAACUUGACUGAGUUUAACAAGUAUAGGCAAUAUCUUACAAGUCUGAAAUUAGACUUCGAAAGGCACUACAUAAAAGAACAAGGAAUGCUUGCAAAACAAAUAAAUAAACUACAACUAAACAAUCAACUACAUGGACUUCCUGAUGAUGCACAAUUCCAAAAUUGGUUCUUAUGGGAGGAGACCCAACCUUUUAAGGACCAGGAGCCAUUAGAAAUGCCCAGUUAUUUGGAUAAGAUAAGUAUGAAAUUAGAUCAAUGUGGACGUACAAGAGAAGAGCAGCGCCUCCUCUGGUUGGAAAGAGAAAAAAGACGACAGCAGGAACAAACAAGAAGAAAACAUAUUCUUCGUAGAAAAUUUGAAGAGGAAUGGAAGAAAAAAGAGAUGCUACUUCUGACAAAGUCUGCAGAAGGUGUUCAGAAAGAAGCUGGGCUAGAGAUACAACGGCGCAGAAAUAGAGGAGAGGGUGACAAAAAGAAACACUCUGUUUUAGAGAAAAAAAUGGCGUAUCAUUUACCAAAAAAGCAAGAAAAUGGCUUCAAAAGAAAAGAGAUGGGAAAAAAUCUAUCUGAUGACAAAGGACAAGAUGGAACACAGUGUAAAUGCAAGAACAUUAAAAAUGAUGUGGUUCUGUAGAAAGCACUCUUCUAUGUAUUUAAAUUAAAAUUCUUUUGUAAAACUUU